AUGGACAAUCAAGUCCACCUCCACCCCUUCCUACGCAAGGUCAAACUGCAGCGUGGUGCAUACAAGCAUGUCGCUGAGCAACUGAGCUUGGACCCCCGCACCGUCGGCUACAUCUGGCGUACGUUCCGCGAUCGCGGCACCACGGCGACCAAAAAAAGGGGAAAGGUUGGACCCAAACGAGCCUACACCGCCGAGUACUGUAUGUCCAACAACUCGUGCAAGCGGUCCCAGUGGAUCAACGCUCCACCUUCCGCGACCUUGCCGCAGCCACCGACCCGCAAGGUGUACCUUGUCCCUGGUGAAGCGUCGCCACGGCGCUCGUGGAAGAGCAAGCGCUUCAUUCCCAAGGUCAUGUUACUUGGCACUGUUGCUCGGCCACGGAUUGACGGCGACCGGAGUGUUGUUAUCAACGGCAAGAUUGGAAUGUGGCCAUUCGUCCGCCUUGUCCCUGCGUUGCGCAACUCACGUAAUCGUCCAGCUGGGACUAUGGUCACCAAGUUGGUGAAUGUUGACGCCGCUGUGUACCGUGACUUCGUCAUCAACAAGGUCGUACCUGCCAUCAAGGCCUCAUUCCCCAGCGCCACCAAGCGCGUGUUUUUGCAGCACGACAAAUCGACUCCGCACGGGAGCAUCACGGACGCAGUGCUCGAGAGCGUGUCGACUGACGGGUGGACGUUCAACAUGCGUAAACAACCCCCCAACAGCCCCGACCUGAAUGUCCUGGGCCUGGGUUUCUUCGCGUCGAUCCAAAGCCUGCAGUACAAGAAGAUGAGUCGGACGGUGGAUGACGUCGUCCGCAACACCAUGGAGGCAUUCGACGAGCUCACGUACGACAACUGGAGAGCUUGUUUGUCACCUUUCCAGGCAGUGAUGCGUUUGGUCCUCAAGCACAGCGGAGACAACCACUUCGCCUUGCCACACCUCACGAAGGCAGCCUUGAGACGUGCUGGUCUCCUGAUGUCGAAUGUGUCCUGCCCUGUCUCGCUGCUUUUGUAG